CCCCGCCUCUACUGAUAGCGGAUGUGAUGCAACUAGCUGUAGGAUAUAUUUUUUUACUCCUCACAAGUUAUAAUUUACAGUUGCCGUCAUUCAAGAUGUGUUUACGUUAAUUUAGCUCUUUGGCCGCAGUAUUUGUACAUUUGUUGUCGGUUUUUGGUCCAGUUUGUAAAGCUGUCUUCCUCGCUCGUCUGCCAACGUUAGCUAGUAGCUUCUCCAGGUAGCUGGUUGCCAGUUUAGCUAGCAGCCGGUAACAUUUUAUUUUUUUUCUCGUUUCUCUUAUUAUUAGAGACCAGUCCUGUCGACUGGGCUUCCUUAUGUGUGUAUCCCACCCGCAAAAUCUCGGUUAGUGGGUCGAGUGUUAGCAAAUGGCCGCCGCUGCCUCGGUGUCCCAGCCAGCCUCGGGCUCUCCCGCUGCGGACGCUGAAAACUCGAGUACCGGUGGAUCCAGCAGCUCGACCGCGGCCGAAGGUGGCACCCAGGACAGCACCUUUGAGUGCAACAUAUGUCUGGACACAGCCAAGGACGCCGUGAUCAGCUUGUGUGGACAUCUUUUUUGUUGGCCUUGUUUGCAUCAGUGGUUGGAGACUCGACCCAACAGACAAGUGUGUCCGGUAUGCAAAGCUGGAAUCAGCCGGGAUAAAGUAAUCCCCUUGUAUGGGAGGGGGAGCACGGGUCAGCAGGAUCCAAGGGAAAGAACCCCACCUCGACCACAAGGACAGAGACCCGAGCCAGAAAAUCGUGGUGGUUUUCAGGGGUUUGGCUUCGGGGAUGGGGGUUUCCAGAUGUCAUUUGGGAUCGGUGCCUUUCCAUUUGGCAUCUUUGCAACAGCUUUUAACAUCAACGACGGGCGACCUCCUCCAGCGGCCCCGGGGACACCGCAGCACACGGACGAACAGUUUCUGUCUCGACUCUUUCUGUUUGUCGCGCUGGUGAUUAUGUUUUGGCUGCUGAUUGCAUAAAUGCAUGCACAGAGAACGGGUUUUAACAUGAAAGAUUCGACAGAUGUGAGACUUUAUGGUGGUGUUUUGGUCUUGAUUGAAGCCUUUUUCUCAUCAAAUCAUGACAUUUAAAAAAAGCAGAAAUUAAUUAAACCAAUCACUCAGCUUGGCAAUUUAAUGUUUGCUGCUUUACAUGUCAUGGAGUCAUAAAAAUCUGUAAUCUACACUUUCUAAGGCUGCAGGGUUCUUUACUAUGGAUUAGUAUGAAACACCUCCCAUAUUAACUCACUGAUGUCUCCAGAGUUUUAUAAAAUGAGCCAUGAGGCUAACACUCUUUGCUAACAAAUUUCAAAUAAUUUAUUUACGUUUUUGAGAUCACAAAUGGGGGACUGUAAAUUUAAUGAACAGCUUAUGGUGAACUAGAGUUUUAUGUUUGGACACAACGGUGGGAUACCAACUUUUUGGGGUUUGUUUUGAAGUUUAUAAAUCGCCUUUUCCUUCAGGCGUGACCCAAAUCCCAACA